CGGAGCCCCGGCUCCCCGCGGAGGCUCGACGGGGCGCCCAGCAUGUGGGACCCGCAGGAGUUUGAGCGCCACUGGAAAGCCGAGUUCCCAGGGCAGGAGGCACCGGUCAUGACGCUGGAGUCGGUGCUGGACAUGGAGCGGGAGCUGGAGCGCUGCAAACUCAACCUGAAGCAGUUGCAACAGGUGUUGGCGGAAGAGAAGUUCAAAGUCUCCUACCUGCAGGCGGCCCUGGCUGGGGAAAAGCUGGACCCAACCGGCGGCCGCCUAACGGGCGGAGACGGCGACUGCCGGGGCGCCGGGGCCCAGGAGCCGGAGCCCGCGGGGCGGGAGCGGGAGCCGUGCAAGGAGGAGAGCGCAGCGGGGCGCGGCGGGGACCCCGAUAAGGGUCGGGAUCAAGAGGUGUCGGCCAAGGCCGAGCCUCCCUCCAACGUGUGCCUGGACCUUCCCACGUGGCCCCCGGUGGCGGAGGGAGGGGGCGCGGUGCGCAGCCUGACCGCCGCCAUCCACCAGCAACUGGUGCAGCCUCGCCUCCUGUUCAGGCCGCGAGACGACUGUGUGCUCCCCGACCACGAUGGUACGGUUGCCAACGCACCCGGAGAGGAGAGGUCCUCGGGGACCCGGGCGGGGCGGGGCUCGGAGGACAGCGAGCCGGACGCGUCGGGCGCUGACGAUGGAGGAGACAGCAGUGACCACGACUUCGAGAUGGUGGAUUUGAAUGAGAAAUUUGUCCUCGGUCACUUGCUCGUGGCCCCCUAUCGGUUUGGAACCCGCGAUGAGGCCGAGAAGCCGGCGAGGGCUUCCAGCCCUCAUCGCUGGUUGCAUCUGAUCCCCGGGGGACGGAGGCAGCAGCGCCGGAGAGAUCUGGAGGUGGAGGCCAAGGACAGUCGGGCUUCCCUUCUGGUGGAAGAUGAGGCCCCCAAACGCGGGGCCCGCGAGCACCUCACCCAUUGGGGGCGCAAGAGGUUCCUGCGGGUGCCGGAGCGGGACUCGCCCAGUCACAGCUCUCCGGAGAGAGGCAGCGAUUGCAGCCACAACAGCUCAGACCACGAGGAAGGCUUCUCUGCAGACUUCAGCUACGGAGCCGACGACUACGACGCAGAGGGGCAUGAGGAGCAGAAGGGGCCCCCUGAGGGCUCGGAGACCAUGCCGUACAUCGAUGAGUCACCCACCAUGUCACCCCAGCUCAGCGCUCGCAGCCAAGGCGGUGGGGACAGCAUCUCUCCCACCCCACCUGAGGGGCUGGCACCUGGGAGGAGCAGGAAUGCUGCAGGGAGAAGGAAGUUGCCUUGGUCUGUAUUUACACCAGGAGGAAAUGCUGAGAGGGUGACAGAGGUGGAAGCAGGGAAGGGCCUGGAGAUGAGGAAACUUGUUCUGUCUGGAUUCUUGGCCAGUGAAGAGAUCUACAUCAACCAGUUGGAGGCCUUGUUGCUGCCCAUGAAACCCCUGAAGGCCACAGCCACCACCUCCCAGCCCGUACUCACAAUCCAGCAGAUUGAGACCAUCUUCUACAAGAUCCAGGACAUCUAUGAGAUCCACAAGGAGUUCUACGACAACCUCUGCCCCAAGGUGCAGCAGUGGGACAGCCAGGUCACCAUGGGCCACCUCUUCCAGAAGCUGGCCAGCCAGCUUGGUGUGUACAAAGCAUUUGUGGAUAACUAUAAAGUUGCUCUGGAGACAGCUGAGAAAUGCAGCCAAUCCAACAACCAGUUCCAGAAGAUCUCAGAGGAACUCAAAGUGAAAGGGCCCAAGGACUCCAAGGACAGCCACACAUCAGUCACCAUGGAAGCUCUACUCUACAAGCCGAUUGACCGAGUCACUCGGAGCACGCUGGUCCUACAUGACCUGCUGAAGCACACACCUGUGGACCACCCAGACUACCCACUGCUGCAAGAUGCCCUCCGCAUCUCCCAGAACUUCCUGUCCAGCAUCAAUGAGGAUAUUGACCCCCGUCGGACUGCAGUCACAACCCCCAAGGGGGAGACACGACAGCUGGUGAAGGAUGGCUUCCUGGUGGAAAUGUCAGAAAGCUCUCGGAAGCUGCGGCAUGUCUUCCUUUUCACAGAUGUCCUCCUGUGUGCCAAGCUGAAGAAGACCUCCGCAGGAAAGCACCAGCAAUAUGACUGCAAGUGGUACAUCCCCCUGGCCGACUUAGUGUUUCCAUCCCCUGAGGAGUCUGAGCCUAGCCCUCAGGUGCACCUCUUCCCAGACCAUGAAUUGGAGGACAUGAAAAUGAAGAUCUCUGCUCUCAAGAGUGAAAUCCAGAAGGAGAAAGCCAACAAAGGGCAGAGCCGGGCCAUCGAGCGCCUCAAAAAGAAGAUGUUUGAGAAUGAGUUCUUGCUGCUGCUCAAUUCCCCCACAAUCCCAUUUCGGAUCCAUAAUCGAAAUGGAAAGAGCUACCUGUUCCUACUCUCCUCAGACUAUGAGAGGUCAGAGUGGAGAGAAGCAAUUCAGAAACUACAGAAGAAGGAUCUCCAGGCCUUUGUCCUGAGCUCAGUGGAACUCCAGGUGCUCACGGGAUCCUGUUUCAAGCUUAGGACUGUACACAACAUUCCUGUCACCAGCAAUAAAGAUGAUGAUGAGUCUCCUGGACUAUAUGGCUUCCUUCAUGUCAUCGUCCACUCUGCUAAGGGGUUUAAACAGUCAGCCAAUCUAUACUGUACCCUGGAGGUGGAUUCCUUUGGCUAUUUUGUCAGCAAAGCCAAAACCAGGGUAUUUCGGGACACAACAGAGCCCAAAUGGGAUGAGGAGUUUGAGAUUGAACUGGAGGGCUCUCAGUCCCUGAGGAUCCUGUGCUAUGAGAAGUGCUAUGACAAGACCAAGGUUAAUAAGGACAACAACGAGAUCGUGGAUAAGAUCAUGGGCAAAGGGCAGAUCCAGUUGGAUCCACAAACUGUAGAAACCAAGAACUGGCACACGGAUGUGAUCGAGAUGAACGGGAUCAAAGUGGAAUUCUCCAUGAAAUUCACCAGCCGGGAUAUGAGCCUGAAGAGGACCCCGUCCAAAAAGCAGACUGGUGUCUUCGGGGUGAAGAUCAGCGUGGUGACGAAGCGUGAGCGCUCCAAGGUGCCCUACAUCGUGCGGCAGUGUGUGGAGGAGGUAGAGAAGCGAGGCAUCGAGGAGGUCGGCAUCUACCGGAUAUCCGGCGUGGCCACGGACAUCCAGGCUCUGAAGGCUGUCUUUGAUGCCAAUAACAAGGACAUCCUGCUGAUGCUGAGCGACAUGGACAUCAAUGCCAUUGCAGGCACCCUCAAGCUCUACUUCCGGGAACUGCCAGAGCCCCUCCUCACAGACCGACUUUACCCAGCUUUCAUGGAGGGCAUCGCCCUGUCUGACCCUGCUGCCAAGGAGAACUGCAUGAUGCACCUGCUCCGCUCCCUGCCCGAUCCCAACCUCAUCACCUUCCUCUUCCUGCUGGAACACUUGAAAAGGGUUGCCGAGAAGGAACCCAUCAACAAAAUGUCACUUCACAACCUGGCCACUGUGUUUGGUCCCACGCUGCUGAGACCCUCAGAAGUGGAGAGCAAAGCACAUCUCACAUCGGCUGCAGACAUCUGGUCUCAUGAUGUCAUGGCACAGGUCCAGGUCCUCCUCUACUACCUGCAGCAUCCCCCCAUUUCCUUCGCAGAACUGAAGCGGAAUACACUGUACUUUUCCACAGACGUGUAGCCGAGGCAGGGCAGCUGUUGGGGUGGCCAGAGCCAGCCCCUGCAGCCCAGGCCCAAUACAGACUUGAAAGACUGCAACAGAAACUCCCCAGCCCAGAACUCCAGACUCCAAGGGAAGCUGACUUCCAAGAACUGGAAUUAUGUGCAUCCUUUGUGCCACCUGUACAAAGCCAGCUGACCAGCCCCCAGCCUCAUCGCCACACCCCCGCUCCUGCCCUCUGUACCUCGAGUUGUGUCUGAUGCUCCGUGCUGUUCAGCAAUUGUUUUAUGUAUAUUCGUCAUGCAGAAAAGGUCGUGACCGACCUGGUGUGGGCAUACGGGCAGCCUGCUCUGUUCUUUCAUUUUCCCUAACUUUCUUUCUUCCCGAGUCCAGUCCAAGGGCUUUUACUUUGCGCUCUGUAACUGCUGCCAGCUUCUCUCUUGGCCCUCCCUGCUCCCAGAUCUCAGCCCCCCCUCAGUGUCCUCCAUCUUCUUCUUCCCAGCCUGCCACAUGCAUGUGCGGCCUCGGGUUUCGCUUCAUCACCUGGAAAGUUCUGCGGAAGCCCUGGGUGGCGGUGGCAGCCAUUUGAUGCCACUGCACACUACCCUCGGCCUCUCCCUGCCUUCCACCCAUGGAGGCACACCUGCUUUGCCUUGCUACCUGUGCAAAUGUUGGACAAGGAGACAGACUCACACUAAUCCUCAGCAGAGCUGGAGAGCUGAUUUCUGGAACUUUCCAUCUGAGAGUCGCCAUUUCUGGGGUUGGUUCUGUCUCCUGCCUACCAGUGAGGCACUUUGUUUCUUCUACUACUGACUUUUCAGUUCCUUUUCCCCGGUGUUCUAUUUCCUUUCAUUGUAAAGGCCCACAAGUGGUCUACCAAGAGAACAGAGGGUUAGGAAAGCAUGUGGGGAUGUGGGUUAUGGGGAUGUGGAGAACCAGGCUGCUAAGGACUAGGACAGCACAGGGGGCCAGUGCUGAGCAGCACCAGCAGCAGGCGGCAAGGGGAAGCUGCUCUAAGAAGGAAGGACUUGCAGAAGCCUUCCUGAAAGGCAACUUCUGUGGCUGAAGCAGGUGUCCAGACUGGAGCAGGCUCCAUCCUGGAGGCUGUCUGGCACCACACAUACCUCGUGGUACUUUUGCCUUAGACUUCACACACUCUCCACAGCCAAGCACUGCCACGGGCAGCCCUCACCACCACAUGUGCUGCGGGCCUGGGAAAGGCAGGCACAACCCAACCGCUAGCAGCUACCAGCCGGCAGUGCUGCUCCUGUCUCGCCCCCAUUUCUGUAGGCAGCCUGAGAAUAAAGGCUGGGGAAUUCCAGAAGCGGGGGGAGGAUGAGGAAUUAGGCAUGCCUCUCAGGACUGGAAGUAGGGGAUUAGCAGGUACCAUCCCAACUUUGACAGCCAUUGCUCAGUACUGGAAAACAGAUUUAUUCCCAAAGCUCUCAGGCUCUUGUGUGUUGCAGAGCUGAUUCUUGGCCCCCAGGAUUGAGGGGAACAGUUCCCAUUGUGUAUGCUCAGGACUAAGUCUGAAGAAGUUUGCUGGCCCCAAAGCUGCGGUGCUUGCUGGGUGAGGCAGGGCCCUUUCUACUGCCUUUGGCAGAACAGUCUACAUACAUAUAGAGGAAAGAAAUGCCAACCACUCAACUGCCCAUUAGCAGUUUAGCAAGGAGCCCUGCUCUCUGGGGCAAGAGGUAAAGAAGAAUGCCAUUUGAGCAUUAAGACCCCAGCAGCUGAUAAUUCCUCCAAUGUCUACUUAGGGAUGGGUGCUGAUGUGUAGUUACAGGUUCUUGCUUCCAAAGGAUCAAGAAUAACAGAUUAGAGGCUCAAGGUGAGCUAGUUGCAGCCCCAACUUGGUCAGUAUAAAAGGUGGAAGGCUGGAAGGGCCGAGAAAUGCACCCUGUGUGAGGAGGACUGCAUGCCAGAGCUGGACUGAGCUGCACUAAGGAAAUAACCCUGUGGGUUCUCCUGAGACAGAGACCUUGCAGCCUAGAACCCCUAAUCACUCCUGCAUGGCAGGGUGUGCCAACAGGAGACAGGCUCCAGGAAUCCCAGGCAUGCGUUCCUCGCUGAGCAGUGGCUGAGGGUUACCAGUUUUUGUUGAUGGAGGUAGGACGGGACCCUUCAUUAAUAUUUGACUUUAAUAAGUUGGUAAGGAUAUAUUUUUUUUGUCUCUGUUCUGUUUCAAUUUAUGUAGAUUAUAAAUUGAUGUAAACCACGUGAGAGGAAAAUGUUAAUAAAAAAAAAUGCAAAGUCCCAACAUUUGCACAAAACUCA